GCAGGCUUGGCGGGGGGCGGGGCGAGCGGCGCCGGGGCCCGGCGGGGCUCUGAGGGCGGCGGUAGGGCCCGGCGGGGCCGUCAGCGCGGCUCCGUGCGGCCGGCGGCACUAGGGCCCUGCGGGGCGCUCGGGCGGCUCUAGGGCCCGGCGGAGCACCGCGGGCGGCUCUAGGGCCCGGCAGCGCGGGGCGGGCGGCUCAGGGGCCCUGCGCGCCCACGCCGGGGGUCUCGCCUCCCCUCCCGCCAUAGAAGGAGCAAUGGCGGCGCCGUAGCGCGGCCGCCGAACCCCCGCCCGAGCGCCGCGCCCGGGCCCGGCGGGAGCCGAGCGGGGCCGCCGCUCCUCCUCCCUCCUCCCUCCCGCCGCCGCUCCCCGCAGCCCCGCGGCCGCCAUGGCCACCGAGCUGGAGCCGCCGGCCACCGGCGCCGUGUCGGGCGCGGCGCCGCUGGAGGCGGAGGAGGACGAGGAGCACUGGCUGUACGGGGAUGACACCACUGGUAAGCAAGAAGAUGGACCAAUUUCUGGGCACACAGAGUCUGCUCACCCUCUGCAGGACGCUCCCCAGGAGAGCCGGCCCGUCAACAACGAGGACAGAGAGAUGGCCCAGCACGCCCUUCCCAGUGGUGAGGAUGAUGAGGAUGACAGUGACAGUGACAGCGAUGACGAUGAUGUGAAGGUCACAAUUGGCAACAUCAAAACAGGAGCACCGUCCUACAUGGGAACUCCUAUGAAUCUAAACUUAAAAACGGGUAGAGGCUAUGGAGCAUCAGCUUCAGCCAAGUUGCAGCCCAAAGGUAUUGACUUGGAUGCCGCAGGGAAUAUAAAUGGAUUGCCUGUGAUAGAAGUGGAUUUGGAUUCAUUUGAAGACAAACCGUGGAGGAAACCAGGUGCUGACCUUUCUGAUUACUUUAAUUAUGGAUUCAAUGAAGAAACAUGGAAAGCUUAUUGUGAAAAGCAGCGGCGGCUUCAGCUGGGGCUGGACCCUGCUCCUCCCAUCAGCACAGAGAACAAGAUCACGGUUCAGCAGGGAAGAACAGGAAAUGCUGAAAAAGAAGUGGAAAGCAACAUCAUCAAAACAGAGUUCAAAACAGACUUCUUGGCUCUGGUGGGAGGACGAAUGAAGGCUGGGCCUCCUCCCAACAGGAAGCUGGGUGGGACCAUUGAUGUGAUCGGGGGCCAGGCAGGCACAAUCCGCAGGGUGGAAGGGAGACGCCGGGACAAGCACGCCUCGGAGGAAAACCCCAUCCAGGUGCUGGGAGACCAUGGCAGUAAGCCCCAGCCCCCCCAGCAGCCCCAGCAGCCCUCCCAGCCCCAGCAGCCACCUCAGCAGCAGCCGUUUGCUCCACCAGCAGGGCCUCCGCCUCCCCCGCUGGCCGGGCCUCCUCCUCCACACUUCCUGCACCCUCCUCCUCCAGUGACUUCUGUUCCACCUCCCCUGCAUCCUCCAGGCCUGCCACCUCCAGGUCCAAUUCCAGGGCUGUUCCCACCACCUCUGGCACCACCACCAGCUCUCCUCAUCCCAACCUUGGAUGGGCAGCCAGCCAGCUACAACAACAGGCAGCCACCUCCCUUUGGCUACAACUCUGCAGAUUCAGGUUUCAUCAGCUACCCCCCCAUCUCCACGUCCCACACGCCCUGGGUGACCACGGUGGACAAGGGCACGGGCAGCUCCAGCAGCAGCCACUGGGAGUACUCGGGCUCCAGGCGGGACCGGGAGCGGGAGCGAGACCGGGAGCGGGACAGGGAGCGAGACCGGGACCGGGACCGCACCCCCACCACCAGUGAAUACAACAAUGACGACGAGCGGUACCGCUACUACAGCCGCGAGCGCAGCUACGACUUCGAGCGCGAUUACCGGCGCAGCCGCGACCGCAGCCGCGAGCGGGAGGAGCGGCACCGCGAGCGCCGCCACCGCGACAAGGACGACGGCAGCAAACACAAAUCCUCCCGCAGGAAGCAGCACGAGAGCGAGGAGGGCGAGAGCCACCGGCGCCACAAGCACAAAAAGAACAAGCGGAGCAAGGAGGAGAAGGAGGCCAGCGAGGACGGGGCUCAGGAGGGUGAGGAGCAGGACACCAAGGAGUGAGCCAGGCCCCCAGCAGCCCUCGGCAGGAACUCUCUCCUGUGGAACCAGCAUGGAAUUGGUGAUGUUUUGUUUGGGGGGUGAUUUUUUUUAUUAUUAUUUUUUACUUUUUUCCAAGGGAAGAGGCUGACUGGGCGAGCCGUGGCACAGCCGGCAGUGCUUCAGGAGCUGAGGCUGCACGUGCCCUUAAACUUCCUUUUUUUGUUUGUUUUUGAUACAAUACAGCAGUACUAGUUACAAAGCACUGAGCUACUCUACUCAUCCACAUCCCUAGGGAGAACUUUGGUGUAUCAGAUCCUAUGGUUUCUGAUGGAAGAUGGCUUCAGCUGAAACUAACGCAAUUAGGUCAUAGUUCUUGGUUCUUUUUGGCAUCAUCAUUCCUUUUUGAGAACUAGGACAGUAAGUGCAACUUGAAUUUAUUGUCCAAAGAACAGCGUGACUUAGAUCCCGGGAGCCAGCUUAGAGUCUGGUGUCCAGUAGUGAAAAGUCUCAUCCCUGAAUAAAUUUCUUUAUAGCUACAAAAUCAGCUUCUGAUUUCUCUGUGGCCAGCUGGGCGUGUCAGGAGGAGCUGCAGGAUCUGCUCCAGGUGGGCACAGAGGCCUGCCUGGAUGUGGCAGCUUCCAGAAGCUGCUGAGGGCGUUCACACAGCGUGUGCAGAGACUCCAAAACUGGUUUUUUAUCCAUUGCAAAGGUAGUUUGUCAUGUUACACCCCUACGUGGGGAAUCAAUGAAGAUCCACAGCAAGAGCAUGAAUUUCUCUUCAAUUCCUUUUGACUUAACUAUUUUAUUUCAUUUUUUUACUAAGAGUUGACUGAAUAACCUAGAGUACAGUAGAGGACACUAAGUCCCAGUUAGCAGUUUGCCCUCGUGGGACUGGUGUUUCUAUUUGGGUAUCACCAACACUCCUGUCCAAUGCAUUCCUUUCCCUUAGAUCCCAAAAUAAAUUUAGUAAAAUUCCAAAGUUUCUUUGGAUUUAGUAUUGGUUGGGGAAGGGGCAACAGAAAUGUUUCUGGGUGGGAAGAACAGGGGAAGUAAUUUUCAGGGGUUUUUGUCUGUCUGGUCAUUAGGUUCCUGCCCUUCUGUUCAUGUGAGUCCACAAAUGUCUCAUUUUCCUUUGACUUGUUAUUUAAAACUGUCUGAAAUAUUUGUCCUAAAAUAAUAUGGUUCUGAAAUGUUCUGUAUUUUUUGGUAUUGUAA